GCAAACAAAAGUCUACAGUGUAAACUAAAUGACUAGGUCAACAUGGGCCUGGUGUAGCUAAUGAUUCACAGCAUGAGGCCGUGUACUGGGCCUACACUGUGUUCACCAUGUCUACAUAAUCUGUGUCUGCUGUAACCGUUUUCAAGUUGGAGAGGACACUUAGUGUAAGUUUCAGUUUCUGCGAAGUCGUCCGGGUGAAGACAUGGCUCCCACUCUGUUCGACAUAGAUGCGAAGCCGGGGGACCUGAUAGAAAUCUUGGGUGGGGUGUAUCACCACUGGGCUGUUUACAUCGGAGGAAAUGAAGUCGUACAUUUAAUUCCUUCAACGCACAGAGGAGGAGAUCUGCUCCAGCUGCUCUCCUUCCUUGAGAGCAGCGACGCCACGGUGAGGCGUCAGAGGAUCUGGGAAGUGGUCGGGUCCAACAGCUUCCAAGUCAACAACCUCCUGGACGACGAGUACCAGCCUCUGGACCCCAGCACCAUCGUCAGCAACGCUGUGAAGAUGGUGGGUCAGGAGCGUCCGUACAACGUCGCCACUUAUAACAGCGAACACUUUGUCACUGAGCUUCGAUACGGCAAACCGGAAUCACGACAGGUUCAAAGCGCGGCUGUGAUCGGAGGGGUUGCCGCCGCCGGUGUGGCGGUUGCAGUGGUGGGAGCCGCUUUGUUUUCUGCCUUCCGCAAAAAUAAAGACAAAAAGUGAUUAUGACUGAAGGUGUUCAAAAGUCUUCAAUGUACCAAAAACUGUAUGAAAGCAUGAAGAAUGGUUCAUUUUCGUUAUUCAGUUGGUUUUUUUUCUUCGUUUAUUUGCAAAUAUUAAAUGCAUUUUCUCGAAUGGAAAUGGAAAUGCAUUAUUUUGUAUUAAUUCAUGUUUCAUUAAAAAUAAAAGGUAAUCCUGUAGCUUACAACUGAAUUAGUGAUGUUGAUGUGUUUGUUGUGAAUAAAUACAUAUAACUGAUUAAAACUAGACCACAGAAAUGAUUUGGUAUUGCAUGUUUACAUUCGUAUUGAAUCCUCUGGAAUUGACUCCCACAUCUCAGAUUCCAGAUAUUUUAAGCAAUUUUGUGUUGGCAAAAACGAUGAAGUUCUGAUCUUUGGGUGUUCCAGUUUUCAGUUCCAUUUAUGUUUCUCAUGUUCUUAUCGUUUACACUCAUUGGUCAAUAAUUGGAGUUAAUAUUUUCUUAAUUUCUGUUCUUUGUGUUUAUUAGCUUUUUUGGUGCAAAAGCAAAAUACAAUAUAGCACCAAAAAGAAAGUUGAUAAUUCAGGCUAAAGUAAGACAGAGAGGUACAUUUAGAUUAUUUUUUUUCUCCCAGUAAUUUCAAUUUGAACUUAAUUUACACUUUAAAAAGCUGACCAGUUGUCCAACAACGACAUUAAAUUGAGGUGAUUGUUGUUGACAUUGUUACUAGCAAAAAAAUGCUAUUUUAUCACAGUUAAGAUAAACUCUCUGCAUCAUUUUAGACAAACUUUUAAAUUCUGAUUUUAAUAAUUCUAUUUGAAUUCUUUUUUGCCAAUUAUUGUCUGUCACCACGCUCGAAUCGAAGCGAUGCUGAUGUCAGUUUGAUUUGAUUCCCCUCAAAAUCUCCAACAAAAUAUUUUUCGUGAAAUCAUCUGACACCAAAGGUCACGAGGUCAUGUACACACGUCAAAGGUCAUCACCACACGACCCCCAACAGCAAACACAGCGGCGGGUCAGAGUGUAAACGGCUUGGCUGCGAGUUACCGUCACUAAACUAAAAUCUUUUUUUUUAAAUGCAGAGUUCGCAACAUUGUACUUGUGAUCCAGAAUAAUUGACAACAAAAAAUAUUCCCGGUUGACAAUGUGUGAUACUUAUUUCAGUUGAGAAACAUAGUGAUUAUUACUGGAAUUAUUGAAUAUUUUUUCAUAAAAUCUGAUUAAAAGCAGUUUUACAGUGUAUAGAGGCCUCAGGGCUCACUAAACUCAGAAACACCUUUUAUGUUCAAUAACAGUGAGGAUACACAACCUGAUGACUCACUGGAUACAAAAUGACUCUACCCUAACUGCUUUAUUGUUUUUAAUCAAAGUAGCGGAGAAACCUGAAGCAUUUUAUUCGGCAGGUUUUUAUUCCCACCUCCUCAGCCUGAUCCACGGCUGCUGCUGAAGUCAAUCAUUUGACAAAAACCUUUAUUUCACCCCGCCGCGAAACACAAUUUGUCCCCCUGUUGGAGUCGAUUACGACGGCGGUGAGGGAUGUUUUUAGGCAAUAACAGUGAAAGUGAAUUAAGUCGUACCAUCAGAAGAGUGUGGGUAGAUUAUUCUCUCAGCUUUAUCAUUAUUAUUAGAUUAUGAAACUUUCUCAGAAUGACUCACAGCAAAGCUGUUUGAAAGCGAACAACCAUGGAGCAGGAGGGGAAAAAAAUGCUCUGGAAGUGGAAGUGAAGUUUUAUUAAAGUGGCGUUGCACAGCAAAACAAAAAAACAAAAUACAACUAACUUCUAUUGUUCUGUUAAAUAUGUACAUUGAUCUGGGGGUUUUAAUAUCACUCUCCAGAUCAAAACUUUGCAGGCUAACAUAAAAUAAUUAUUAAAUGAAAAAAGGAAAAAAGACAACAACAUACAAAUCAGAAUGACAGUCCUCAUUUCCUCCAAUUCCAAAAAACUAGAUCAUAAUUUGUAACUUAAACUUUGCGUAUCUAAACUUUUUAUUUUAAAAUUUACAAUAAAAAGUUAUGUUAAAAUUAAUAUGUUGUGACAGUUUUAUAUAAGACAGAUAAUCUGUGGAAAAAAAUUUAGCUCAACUGCAUUCUCCAUAUGGUCCAAUCAGAGCCAGGACGAGGGUCUUUGUGUUGCCAGUCACUCUUGUGUAUGUGCUGCUCACAUCCUGCCCCAUUCUUUAUGCCACGCUACAUAAACAAAACCAGUCAUGAAUGCUAAAGCUAACUAGCAUAACCAAUGAUGACAGUGGAUAAACAGUUUUCCUGAAACUGUAAGUUGUUUGGAAUUAUCACAUUUAGCAGCAUGUACAUGAGCAUGAUGGCACCAAGACCCUCCUACUGGCUCUGGUUGGUGUUUUUUGCAUUCUUUCAAACGGUGUUAUUAGAACUGCAAGGAAGAGGAACUUGAUCUUCUCAUAGAUUAUCCAUCUCGUACUAUACUGUCACGACAUGCUGAUUAAUUUAACGUCAAUGUAAAAAACAAACAAACAUUUUUUGAAAACAAAAGUUACAUAAUUUUAUUUUAAAAAACAUAAACGUAUGUUUGUUUAGAAUCACCCAACUUCUGUCCCUGCAGCAUGAUGGAUGCCAACAUGUGGGGUUGUAGAAAUGACCCAGCAGUUUUCAAAGGGAGUCAUUUAGUGACGUUUCAUUGUAGUGAGAAACAAGAGCCGUCUGUGAGAAUCGACGAGGGAGCAUGGAGGACGGCCAGUGGGCAAAACAAGCAGGUACUUUAGUGGCUUGUGUCAGUCAAGAAUAUAUGGUUUCCCAUUCAGCAGCGUGUCACCGCUUUCUUUUAGUGGUUCAAGUCUUCCAGAAGCCAGACAGAGGAGAGGUGGCGCCAGGUCCAAAGUUCCUCCAGUCGACACAAAGAUCGCAUUGACUGUCGUCUUUGCACCUGUUCAAGUUCGGGAGGAGAUGGCACAGGCUCUUCCUGGGCAUCAGACAACAGUCCACCACCUCACUGCAAACUGUUUAAUGACUCUCUCUCUCUUUAAUUGAAAAAGCAAACUGCCGCCCUGCCAGAUAAGUCGACAAAUGAGGGCCGGUGGAAAUGUGUUUGUCGUGUGAGGAGGUUUUUGUGACGGAGGCGGCUUGGCAGAAGGUGAACACGGGGAAGUGUUUCCGGCAUAAAGACGAGCCGGGCGGACGCGAUCGGGCGAUGGAAGACAGGACAGGACCACCAUAAACGUGACGGGGGUCAGGGUGCACACACACACACACACACGCACACACACACACCUCCUCUGAGCUCCCAGUGACAAAAACUCUUCCUGCAACACAAACUUUCAGUCUCCGGCUGCAGACAGGGAUGGAUUAGAAUAACAAAAGCCCGGGUUAAUGCCGUUUGUGCCUUUAAGGACACAAAGUCAUUACUUUAAAAAAAAAAAAAAAAAAAAAAAAACAGCCAUUAGACCUUCAAGUCGACUGCUUUUAAAGAAAAAUAAAAAAAUCCAAAAAAAAUCUAAUUGCUGGCGUUGAAUUGUAAACACGGCCUUGUUAGCUAUGCAGUCUGAUUCCAGUUCCAUUUCUGCUUCAUCUGACCAAACCAGGUAGAGCUGGGGUUUUAGUUUCACUAUUAUUAGGUGUCUUUCUUUUUCUUCUUCUGUGUUUCUGUCUUACCUUAUUUCAAUUUGUACUUAGUGACUCAAGUAUGUUUACUUCUUGUGUGUAGUUAUUCCUUGAGCUUUAGUUUAUCUAUGUUCCUUAUAUCUACUUUUUUUCUCUCUCUCCCCACCAGGGGUCUUUUUGUGGGCUCUAGUGUCCCUUAUAUGACAGCAGGCUGACAGGAAAGGGGGAAGGACAGGGGGGAAGACAUGCAGCAAAUGUCGGCCGGGUCCGGGAAUCGAACCCUGCGUCGAGGACUGAAUGCCUCCAAAUGUGGGUUGCGCUAUCCCCUACGCCACCACAGGACGCCCCAUAUCUACUCUUUUUAGAUGUAUUUCCUAAUCCCCUUCGUGGUUUUUGUUCUGCUCUGGCUCCCUGUGUUCCCUGUGGUUUUUGUAAGAUUUUUAUCACCAUCUUGUCAUUAAAACAUCCUCCACCUACAAGCUGCCUCUGGGUCCACUAUCAUCCACACAAUCAUGACAAUAAAAGCCCAAUAAAAGCUAAAGGCUCGACAAAUGGGGCAAUUUCAGCUGAGGAAUAAAUCUGGACUCUACUAAAUCUCUUCCCAGUUAAAAUGGCUAAAAUCACACACAUCACAUCAAUGCACAUUUUGGGCAUUUGAACCAAUUAUAUGUCGUAGAAUGUCAACAAGAGGCCUGCGUCAGUCCUGGAGAAAGUUUAUAGCAGAAACAUGUACCCUGUUCAUGCUGAGGACAUUCACCGUCACGAGUCGUAUGAUAAUUCUCAUUCUGACAAUAUUUCCCGAUACGUGCGAUGUACAAUCAGUAAUUCCCGAUCUUUGUAGAAAAUUGUUUAUUGCCAAUGUAAUGGAAAUGGAAGCAGAAAGGAAAGUUGGGGAAAAGGUUUGAAAGGAAAGAAGGAGGCAAGAGUAGAAAACAGGAGGAAGCUUAAAGAGAAUACAAGUCAGCAUCAUGGAGUCUGAUUUUACACCUGCAGACAGAGAAAAAAAACAAAAAACUACAAACACUGUAUGGAUAUACAGCUCUGGAAACAAUGAAGAGCCCACUGCACUGAACCCCCUGAAACCCUUCUGGUUGUUCCACCAAAUAUUGAUUUCUGAUUUCUUCCUGAGUUAAAACAUUAGUGUUGUUGAUUCCAGGUCAAUACAAACUUCU